AUGUCGAAAAACUGGAGUACAUGUUGAUGAAUCCUUAUUUCCUCCAGUAGACACUAAUGAAGGAUCACCACUACUGAUCAAAAAACAUAAAUGUAUGCAGCCAACAGACUUUGUUGAAAAAACUCCAAAAAAUAAUAGAAAACUGCAGAGAAGGCUGGAGCAGCUGACUAAAGAAUUAGCUGUCCAAAAGAUAGCAAUUAAUGCUGAAACUGAUGUACCAGUUUUACUGUUUGAAGACAAUGGUUCACUUAUAUACAGCCCUGUUAAUAAGAUAAAAGAUCAAUGCAGUACAAUGGAAAGAAGAAUAAAGGAGAUGAAGGAAAAAAGAGAAAAUCUUUCUCUUACUGGUUCACAAAUGUCUCAAGUAUCUCCAAGUAAUUCACCAGGAGACUGCCUGCUGUCUACUUGUGUCUUAACUAAUUCAGAAGGUGCAUUGUUACCAGGAGAACAAACGGAGAACUGCUUGAACUCAAGUUGUCUUUGGGGAACUGAUAAAUUAAAGAGACAGAAAACAGACGUAGUAAAACACACUUGUGAUACUUGGACUGAUAUUUAUGUAUCCACUAGUGCAUCAGUGAAUUCUCCCUCACAUAGCUAUGAGCAGAAGAACUUAACACCAAAACAACAUAGCAGAAGAAGUCUAGGUGAUGAAAAUGAAAUUUCAGAGUGUCAUGUUACUGAUGACUCUUGCAAAGUUUUUAAUGAACAAAAGAAUAAGAACAAUGGGGAAUUAAGAAAAACUAGAAGACUCCGAAAGCCAACUCAAACUGUUUUAGUUGAAAAGCCACUGAAGUAA